AUCACAUCUUACAUCCGGGUGGGGUGGGGUGGGCGCCGGUCCGUCACCCACGCGGCGGCCAGGCUCAGUUCAGCGUCAGCGAAGCCAUCGGCUGUGCCCGGGCGCUUCUGGAACAGCUGGCGCCCACCAUGGCGGCGAUCAGCAAAGUCACCUACCACCGGGACGUGAAUGCGCACAACAUCCUGGCGCACCUCGAGGGCGAUCGGCCGCCCGUGAGCUUCGGCCUGGUGGACUUCGGCCUGGCGGUGGAUGCGUCCACGUGGAUGGACGUCUCCGCGGCGAACCCCUUGGGCAAGAGCGAGUGGGAGUACCUGGACGUGGGCGGCGACUGCCGCUAUUGGCCCGUCUCCGCCUGGCGGCAGUUCGAGGCGGGCUGCAAGGUUCUCUCACAGGAGGAGCCCUUGUGCACAGAGUACCAAACGCACCUCGACCUGCAGGGCUUGGGGCUCACCGCCUUGCAGCUCCUCACCAGCCUGCUGCCUGCGACCGAGGUGCCGGAGCUCAAGGGCUUGAAGGAGGCGUGGCGCGCCUACUGGGACGAUGCCUCCGCCUAUUGGGCCUCCCUGCUGGAGACCUUCCGCUCGGGCGGGGACUGGUGCACGCUGAAGCAGGACUUCAUCGCCCGGAAGGUGCACCAACUGAUGGCCACCAGGCUGGGCGCCCUGCGCUGGGCCCUGCACCGCGCGCUGGGCGCGGCGGCCGCCGCGAACCUCACAGGCGAAGACUCCUGGCCGCCGGGUUCUGCAAGCCUCUUCUGGGCCUUGCUGGCGAUGGUGAGCUGUGGCGAGCGCUUGGAGACGGGCUGGUCGGAGGUUUGCACGCGCCUGGCGCGCCACGGCUACGUGCUGCCGGAGCCGAAGAGGCAGAAGCCCCGAAAGGAGCCCAAGGCUACGCUACUGGGCUAUACCAACAAGCUGAAGUCCCUCACCGCCAAGGUGCAAGAGCUUUCGAUGGACUUCGAAAGGCUGUGGAUCAAGGGCUCCAGUCACAUGGGAGGCUUCUGCCGCCGCUGGGGGAAGCCCGGUGACGGGGCCAAGGUCCACCGGGACGUGCGUGCCCAGGCAUGGAGUACCUGGAGUCUCAAAGUCUCGGAAAAUGACCACGAGCGCCUGUUUGUGACAAAGUCUCAAUGUCCAACUUCCAAUUCACUGUUGGGAUGGGAGGAUGUUAGGAUAGGAUGGUUUGAUUCAAGUUCUCAUGAAGCUCCAACCUCCACGGAGGGCGCGGCGCGCGCCAAUCGGCCCGCCGACCGAGAUGGAGGACAAAGAAUUCUCCGCUCAUGUUGGAUGAAGUGAGGGGAGAGGUGAAACUCACACGUUCUGUGAAGUGAUCAGACUGUGGAGUGGAUCGACCACGUGUUCAGGUUGAACGCUUCUUUCUGCAGAGGGUUCAGGUUUUCACGCGUUAUACCACGUGCAUUGCAAGUUUGAGCAUCCC